AUGGCAGACUCAGUCCAUCCGACACACCGAGUCGCCCUGGAGACUUUAAAUGACAUUCUCGAUGACUUCCAAAUUCCUCGCUGUACGCCCGAAAGUGGCCCGAAAAUCAUUUUCAAGGGUGCGAUUCCUCCGGCAGAGCAGACCCAUAGCCAGAAGAUGAACCUCUCCCUAAUUGGAGCAAUUCCCUCACUUGCCAAUGCUGUUGCAGCCGCUCAAAUCUUCGAGGCUCGAAAAGCUGCUAGACAGAGCAUCGAGAUCGACCUCCGGCGCAGCCACAACUAUACAGAUCCAGAUCUUGGAAUGACACCGACUUUGAACGGUCAGGAAAUCCCCAUGGAUGUGCUUGCCGGCAAUCCAUUCUUGAAGACGAUUUAUGAAACGAAAGAUGGCAAGAAUGUUAUUUUGUCUGCCGUUUACGUCGAUCUGGCAUACCAGUGGACUGCGCUGCUCGAUUGUCCAAUGACGGAGAGUCGUGUUAGGGAGGUGGUCGAACGGUGGAAUGCCGAAGAUCUCGAGGCUGCCGCUGCCAAAGCUGGGUUACCAAUGGCCAUUAUCCAUUCUGAGGAAUCAUGGCUCAGUACUGAACAUGGCUCCCACCUGGCCAAACUGCCUAUCGUACCCAUCGACAAGGUCGUUCACCACAAGAAUUCAAGCGACGAAUUCCACUUCCCUGCAACCUACCUCCCGGCAUCCCCAGAUCGACCUCUAUCGGGGUUGAAAGUAAUUUGCAUGACGCAUGCAGUUGCGGGACCUAGUACAGGACGGACACUGGCUGAACAUGGCGCUUCAGUGCUGCAAGUUAUGUACACCCACGGUUACGAGCAUCCAUUUGUGUUCACAUAUGCAAACUUGGGUACCGCGUCCACUCGCCUCAACCUGAAAAAGGAAUCCGACUGCCGUCGCUUGCGGACAUUGAUCAAAGACGCCCACGUCUGGGUCGACAACUUCCGUGAAGGCGGGAUUAGCAAAUUCGGCUUCUCGGAUGAAGAAAUCUGGGAGGCUAAUCCUAGCAUGAUCAUUGACCAUGUCCGCUGCUAUGGAACAUCGGGACCUUGGAAGAAUAAGCCGGGAUUUGAUAUGCAAGGGAGUGCUUCCAGUGGGAUGAUGGCCCUGAUGGGCGAAGGCUCGGAGGAUGGUAAGCCCCAAUGGCCUCCUGGGAUGGUCAUCAACGAUUAUGUCACGGGAUACUAUUCUGCAUUAGCCAUCAUGAGUGUUGUUCUGCGGAGAUGCAAAGGCGAACUCGACCCGCGGGAAGGGUGCCGCAUCUCUCCGAGCUUGUGCAGCACGGGUAUGUCUAUCAUGAAGUACUUCAAGACUCGAGACCGAUUCCCGGCAACGGAAACGCCAGCCGCCGUUGACGCCAAUAACACGGCCUUGGGUCCCGAGACGAUCGAGGGCGACACCCCAUGGGGAUAUCUGAAGACGUUGGCUCCUCUUCCAAAGAUGAGUGCCACGCCGGUGCGAUACGAAUUCGGGUUGUUGGACGGACUCGGUGCCAGCAAGCCGGUGUUUCCUGGGUUCGACGAUGGGUAUGACACGACCAAAAUUGAGCCUAACAAGAGAGAUCAAUGGUUCAGGGAGAACGCCAUGGGUGCCAUAGACAGGUUAGAGAGACUGAGGAGAUUUGGUGAGGAGGAAAGGAGAAGGAAUGCUGGCUCGCUUGAGGCUUUCAUCACCCAAGUGAGUGAUGUUGGCAAGGUCGACAUUCCAGAUGUGCAGCCAUCCACCGUGGCUGUGGCAUGA